AUGGUUUGUUUUGUGCAUCACCAACACUUCUCCAACAAAUUUCAUACUGCUGUCAAUCAACUGCGACAUUUGAAAGAAUUUUCUCAUCAGACAUUACAAAACCUUCCUAAACAUUGUUGUUCAUGCUAUAGGAAACAAAAUGAUGUUUUAUCUUCGAUAACAAAACGCUCUUCAACAAGAACAACGAUUUUUGAUGCUUUACGUCUGAUAUGUCUUCAAUGUGAAUUGGAACAAUACAUUUCGCUUGAAAUGUCACUUGCUCCAUUCAAAACCAAGCAUUUUCUACGAUUACCUUUCCCAACGUUACUCGAUUCACAAGAAGAAACAAGAUUAUCCAAUGAAUUUAUCGCCCGGCAAGACAAUAUUCAAGAUUUAAUUCAACACAUGCAAAACGCUCACUUUGAAUUCAUUACACCAACAACAUCCAAAACACUGUUAUGCGAUCUUACUCAAAUGCGAUACUUUCUAGUGUCAAGAUGCUCGACAUAUACUGAAGCAAUUCAAGCCAUCUAUGGUCUUUGGGUGAUGAUUUCCGUUGAAGAUCCGUCACAUUUCGAAAUCAUCAAGCAUAUUCUCGAACAACAGUGGAUGAAAUUUCUUGAAAACAGUAAAUGGAUAUCUUCGCACAGAACGUUCAAUUGGCGACAAGAUCUUCCUCGAAAAAUCAUGUUUAAGAAAACCGAGAAUGUUCGACAAUACGACUGUGAAUACGAAGCAGAUGAAGAUGAUGCUAAAGAAAACAGUAUUGAUGAUGAAAUAUCAAUGUCAACACAUCCAUCGUUAACAUUUCGUCCUAUUCGGUUCAAAAAUUCGGAUUCAUCACGUAUUCGCCGACGACAACAUCUUUUAUUUUCAGCUACCAAUAUUUAA